GAGGGAGAACACAGAAGCACGCUGCUCACCAUGGCUGCUGGGAUCACGAACCUCGCUGAUAACACCAGCAACACGUCUGGGGCCCCAGGUCUGGACGCCGAUGAUUUGGACAGUUUGGGACUGGGUGCAGAAGAUCUCAUGUACUUUUAUCCAGGGGACGUGGAAAAAUUCUUACAGCCCUGGACCACCGAGCCUCACUUUAUCCCAACAAUUACAGUGUACGGAGUGGCGUUUACGCUAGGGAUUGUGGGGAACUGCCUCGUAAUCUUUGCCAUGUUGGGCGACAGAAAAUCUCGCAGCGUGACCGCGUCCUUCAUGGUCAGUCUAGCAGUUGCUGACCUUCUAUUCCUCUUGGUCUGUGUACCUUACGAGACGGCGCGCUAUUUUAUCGGGCACUGGGGCAGCGGGUCCGUCCUGUGUAAAAUGUCUGGGGCCGUGGAAAUGCUGUCUGCUCUCGCCUCCGUUCUCAACCUCAUGGCUGUGAGCAUAGAGAGAUAUUCCUGCCAAUCGGCCUUGCACUGA